CAUGGUCCUGCGGCGGCUGCUGGCCGCCCUGCUGCACAGCCCGCGGCUGGUGGAGCGCCUGUCGGAGUCGAGGCCCAUCCGGCGCGCGGCGCAGCUCACGGCCUUCGCGCUCCUGCGGGCCCAGCUGCGCGGCCAGGACGCGGCCCGGCGCCUCCGAGCCCUGGCGGCCGGGCCCGCGGGCUCCCUCGGCCGCCGCGCCGCCCGCUUCCGAGACGCCUUCACCCAGGAGCUGCGCCGCGGCCUGCGGGAGCGCCCGGGGUCGCCGCCGCGGAGCCGCAGGGGCCCGGGCGCCCCGCCCUGA